AUGAGAUUGAAGGAUCAUCCUCCCAGAAAUGUUCAGAAAAGUAACGUCCACAAGAUUCCAGGAAGUCUGCGAAGACAAAAGGUAUCAGCGAAAUGGAAUCCCUUUGAUUCUUGCAGGCCCAUUGUAGAGGAAGCUCCUGUCUUUCAUCCAACUGUUGAGGAAUUUCAAGAUACAAUUGGUUACAUAGAAAGCAUACGGCCCAUGGCUGAGGCAUAUGGUAUAUGUAGAAUAGUACCUCCUCCAUCGUGGAGUCCACCUUGCCUCCUAAAAGAUAAGAAUGCAUGGAAAUGUGCUAAAUUUUCUACGCGAAUCCAGAAAGUUGACUUACUUCAAAAUAGGGAACCGAUAAGAAAGAAAAGACAUCGAAAGAGAAAACGUAGGAGACAAUUUAGUUCUAAGCCAAGGAGACGUGCUCGUACUGAAGUUUCAGAAUCAAAUGCUGCUUCUGAUUCCGAGGAGAAGUUUGGUUUCCAAUCAGGAUCAGACUUUACACUCGAGGAUUUUCAGAAAAUUUCUGAUGAAUUUAAAGAAUCUUAUUUCAAAAUUAACGACAGAAGAGAUGGAAGUGUUAUCAAGAAUGAAGAGGACAGAAGAUCGUUGCCAUCAGUUGAAGAUAUUGAAGGUGAGUACUGGCGGAUUGUUGAGAAGCCAGAAGAUGAAGUGGAGGUAUACUAUGGAGCUGAUUUGGAAACUGGAACCUUCAGGAGUGGAUUUCCUAAGGGGUCAUCAUUAUCAACUGACACUGAAAUAGAUCAAUAUGUGACAUCAGGCUGGAAUCUGAAUAACCUCCCACGUCUGCCUGGUUCUAUAUUGCGUUUUGAAGAGUGCGACAUCUCUGGGGUGGUUGUACCCUGGCUUUAUGUAGGAAUGUGCUUCUCUUCAUUCUGCUGGCAUGUUGAAGACCAUCAUCUCUACUCACUGAACUAUUUGCACUGGGGUGACCCAAAAGUUUGGUAUGGAGUGCCUACAAGUCAAGCCUCUGCACUGGAGGAUGCAAUGAGAAAGCACUUGCCAUAUCUGUUUGAAGAACAAUCUGACUUACUUCAUGAACUGGUCACUCAGUUGUCACCUUCGGUUUUAAAGUCGGAAGGUGUACCAGUGUAUCGAGCUGUCCAGCAUUCUGGGGAGUUUGUUCUUACCUUUCCAAGAGCUUAUCACUCUGGAUUUAACUGUGGCUUUAAUUGUGCUGAGGCUGUAAAUGUGGCGCCUGUCGAUUGGUUACAACAUGGACAGAAUGCAGUGGAGCUCUAUAGCGCACAACAUCGUAAGACCUCAUUAUCACACGAUAAGUUGCUUUUUUCUGCAGCUCAGGAAGCUGUCAGGUCGCUUUUGGAUAUCUCAGUUCUAAAGAGAGAAAAUCCAGAAAAUUUGAGAUGGAGAAGUGUCUGUGGGAAGGACGGGAUGCUUACCAAGGCAGUCAAGACAAGGGUUCAUUUAGAGGAGAAAAGAAUAGAGAAUCUUUCAAAAGUCAUGUGCUUUCGGAAGAUGGAAAAAGAUUUUGAUCUGAAAAUCGAGAGGGAAUGUUUUUCAUGCUUCUACGACUUGCACCUAUCUGCUGCUUGUUGCAGUUGUUCUUCGGAGCAGUUUGCGUGUCUUAACCAUGCAAAUCUCAUCUGUUCAUGUGAACCAAAAAACAGAUUUGUCCUUCUCCGCUACACCAUGGAGGAGUUGAACACGCUUGUCAAGGCAUUGGAACAGAGCAUGGAUGCUGUAGAGUUAUGGGUGUCCAAGGAAAUUGGAUUGGUUCCAUUAACUAGUAAUAAUGUUGACAACAUGAUACCUCAAGUGAGAGAUGGAGAUGGAAUUGACUUCCCUGAGAAAAUGGAUAUUCCUAGCAAAUUGUCACAUGAAAUCGAGAACCUGGGUUCUAGUGUACACGAUACUCAAAACACGGGAAACGGGGAUAAACCUGAAUCUCCUAGCCUAGCUGCUGAUUCUAAGAUAGGGCAGAAAUGCCAUACUGAUAGGAAUCUUGAUGACUUGUCUGAUGACCACAGAAUCAGGUCGCAAGAAGCUUUUAAUAGCUGUAAAAAUGAGAUUGUAGAUGCUGGUGAUAUCAAUGAAUCAGACAACAGUUUUCCUCCAAAAUCAAUGAAUGCGAGUAGCUGUGUUGAACCUGUUGGAACUAAGCUGCUUGGGAUUGAUCUUCUUUCUAGUCCACCUUCAGGUGUUCCACUGACAAGCUCAUUAAAAACUGAAACUAUGGAAUUCUUAUUUAAUGGGAUUUAUCAGGUCGAUCCAGAUUCUGAACAGAAGCUAAGCUUCCAUGUGGAUCCUAUAAAUUUUGGAUCUGUUGUUUAUGGAAAGCUGUGGUGCAACAAGGAGGCCAUUUUCCCCCGAGGAUUUAAAAGUUGUGUAAAGUUCUUCAAUGUAUGCAACCCAAUGAUUAAGAGUAACUAUGUAUCUGAAAUCCUGGAUGCUGGGCUACUUGGACCUGUAUUCAACGUAACUUUAGAAGAUCAUCCGUUCCAAAGUUUUACGAACGUCUCUCUGGAAAAAUGCUGGGAAAUGGUGCUGCAGAGACUUAAUCAAGAAAUAGAGACACAAAGAUCGUCAGGGAAGCAAGGACUACCACCCUUACUGCCUUCAAGUAGCAUCAAUGGUCUCAAAAUGUUCGGAUUUCUUUCUCCGUCCAUCGUCCGGGCAAUCGAGGCUCUUGAUCCGCAUCAGCAGUGUAUCGAAUACUGGAAGAACAAGCUGCUUAUGAUGCCAUCCACUUCAGGAGAUUCUCUGGCUGCCACCAAGUACCCUGUGGAAAUGAGGCACAGUGAAGGGGAAAAACCACGUAGUUUUGAAAUUAAUCUGGAACUAGACGACAGAAUAGUAGGUAGCAGCAAUUCUUUAUCUGAUGAUAAGAUACAGUACAUAUUCCGAAGAUUAUUGAAGAAAGCUGAUUCUCAGGAGAUGGAAAUAAUGCAUAGAAUGUUAUGCAAUGGGUUGAGUAGCCCCGAAUGGAGAGUAGCACUUGCAACAGCGACAGAGGAGACGGCGAAAGAACACGAAAAAAAAGAGUCUUGA